ACGCACCUCGUCUGACAAGUUUACAAGUCGCAUUAGCUUUAGUGCCAUUGUCAAAACCGACAAUUUCUUUUACUAUGUAUUAUCGAUCGAGUGUUGUGACGUAGAUGUGAGGUGAAAACAGACUGUAUCAGGCCUAUAGUGUUAUAUUUAGUUUUAACAGGCUUUUAUCACGGACUAGAACGAACGAACGAACGAGAGGAAAUAACUCGUGUAUAUUUAAAAGACUUCUGCUUUGUUCCGUGUCUGUGAUUAACUAGGAACAAGAUAAAAGCACACGUUGAACGGUUUCACAAUUUAAACCCAGAUAAAAGUGGAAACAGUUUAUAUACCUUUCAAAAGAAUGACACAGCGAAGAAAGAAGGCGUUUCGUGUACCGUCAAGACUAUUCCAAGAACGACAAACACAACAUCAAGCGGACGAACAUGUCACUGAUCAAAGCACUGAUACCCCGGAUCGUUCAACGUCUAACAGAAAACACAAAAAUAAUUUUAAAGUUACAGAAGAAACCGGUUCAAAGCUUUUACUACCAACAUGGCUGCCUUGGUUUCUGGUAUUUUUCAAUAUGGUGUCACGUGUUCAUUACGUCAUGAAACCAAAGAACUGGUGGAUAUUACACCCGGAUGAAGUAUUCCAGGGAGUUGAAGUUGCACAUUCUGUUGUUAAUGGAUAUGGUUUUAGAAUGUAUGAAUAUCUACCACCGUUACCACUGAACCGAACUACAGCCGCGGAGGAUCAGGAAUAUAGUCUCGGUAUAUACAGUAUGAGAUCCUUCUUGUAUCCCUACCUCUUUACACCAUUUCUAUAUCUCACGAGGUAUAUGGGGUUAAAGGUCAACAGUUUCUUGGUCUGUAAAGUAAUUCACGCCAUUUUGUCUUCACUUCUGCCAUUAGCUGUUUACAGAUUCACAAGGGCUCUUUACAACUCGGCGGAUAUUGCUGUAAUGACGUCAGCAUUUGUUGCCUUCUCCUUACAGCUCAAUGUAUUCGGAACACAUUGUCUAGCUAGCAGUCUCGUGGCGCCAUUCUUCUUUUUGACUUUAUCCGAAGUUUUAUUUUUUAUUGAUAAAGAUGACAACGCGGGAGUAACUAAGGAGAAAAAAAUGGAAUCAAAAAUAAAAUGGUCGCCGAAAUUUAAGAAAAUUGGAACUGUUAUAGAAUAUGUGAUAUUUGUUUUGAAUUGGUUCCAGAAAGAACCGGAAGUGGAUGCCGAUAUAGAGAAAGACCCUGUGAACAAGUUCAGUAGUUACCGCGUCAUCAUCUCGUCGUUUAUUUUGGGUCUCGUGGUUUACGUUAAAAUCAAUUUACUCCUACCGCUGAUAUUAUUAGUUGUCAUGGAGAUUAUUCACCAUCCGGAAUACAUCACGAAUUUCCUCUUCUAUUGGAAGAGAUACACAUGGGUUAAAGUCGGUAUAACCGCGGCUCUUUUACUCGGGGGCUAUGUCGAUUUUCUGACUUACGGCGUUUGGUUCCUGUCACCUAUUCAGUGGAUUCGCUUCAGCUUCAUACGGGACAUGUCAUCGAAAUAUUUUGGCAAAACUUUUCCAAUGGAAUAUAUACAAAGUCUCAACAUGAAUGGAUCGACGACGGUGCUGAACGCGUUUGCGUCUGUAGUAAUUCUAUUGACUUUACAUCGUAGUCAGUUUAAAUGGUCGACAGUAUCCGUCAUAAUGACAGCGACCACCAUGAUCGUCGUCUACAGUAUGCAGUGGCACAAGGAGUUACGAUUGAUCCAUAAUGUGUAUGUGUUUGUUUGUAUUCUGUGGGCGGUAGCAAUACGAACCGCUAUGGAUAUGUUUAAAUUAAGGAAAUACCGGUGGUUGUCCACUGCCAUGGUGUCUUUGAUUAUCUGUGCGUUUGCUCUGGAUAGCUACGCGGAUUUCCCGACCGCUGGGUCGCAAUCAACCGUACAAUGGAGUCAUAAUAAUAUACAGGAUUCCGCAGCUAUAAACAACUGUAUCGAGAAGACAAGUGCGAGGGGUAAUCUCACGGGAUUAUUUAUAGACUACACGUUAUACGCUACCGGAGGAUUUUCUCUUCUUAAUAAAGACGUUCCGUUACUUACACGAGUACAACACGAAUAUUACGAGUACGAUCUAUCCGAUCGACCACUUUACAGGUCCGGUCUUGAUCCGGGUAUUCGAGCCAUGAAUCGAAUGUCGGAUAUUAUUCAUACAUUAAGCACAAAUUAUUUACAUAAAACCUUGACAACCAAGAGACAGUAUAAUUACAUCAUAACCAAAGACCCAGAAGCCUUUUAUUCGCUAGAUUUUGACGCGACACUCCGUUGUUCACAAUUCUAUGUUUUAAGACGUUUGGCGCUGCCAACGAAACCCGUUGAAAAAGUUUCAAACAUAAAGAUUAAAACAAAGAGGAAGAUGAACGAUUCGUUUUCGCCUCUACCUGAUGUGCUUGAAUAUGAAGGAUCGUGGUUGCUAACCAUUGGGCAUUACCGGAAGUCGUCUGAACGUCUGCGAGCCUGUAUAUCCCAUGGUUCAUCCCGUGUCCGUCCAUAUCAACUAUUAAGUCUGUGUUAUUACCGAUCAGGGAAUAUUACGGCUGUUAAAUCCAUAGAAACAGAAUGUUACACUCGAUAUGGUCAGGAGAAAUGUGAUCAACCACAACCAAGGUUGAUACUUCAUCAAAAUUAUAAUGUCGUGUCAUAAAUAUUGAAUCAAUCUUUCACUAUUCCUACAGUGUAUUUAUCUUUGGAGGGAAAUCAACCAAUCAUCAUGUCCCGUGUAUUGGGUAACCAUGUGUGCGCGAACAAUAUAACGAGUUUCACUGGACAAUAAACCUCGUUGUGGGAUAGACCUGAACAAUAUGCCAUCUCAUUUCUAAACAGGGGUGUUUAUCAGAAUAGCACCGUGACGUAGGAAUUGACGUGACGUCAUUUACAGCUGACUAUCCAGGUUAUUGUGAGAUGCUAAUUGGAGGCCAGUUGGGGAGGUUUGGCUGUUUCCGGAGACCAAAAUGGUCGCUUUAUAUAAAUGAGAAUUUGGCAAUUUGGGGGAAUAUUUGGCCUAACCCUAACCCUGAAAUUGGAUCCAAUUUACCUUUUACCCCUCUUAAAAGGGUUAGGGUUGUAUUCCCCUAAAUACUCAUUUAUAUAAAGCGGUCAUUUUAGACUCCAGAAAUACCCCACCCCAACCUGCCUACGAUUAGCACCCCUCUAUCCAGGGAGCUUUCAUAUGUAUACAGUUUGUAUACAGGACGUCUCAUCAACCUUUAAAGGACAAUUUUGGUGUCAGUCAUUAUUAUAUAUGUGACAGAACUGAUUAAACACAUUCAAAAUAUAAUUUUGACACAGAGAUCAUUGCUAAGAUAGGUGCGCGGUGAAACUUUCAAAAAGGGAUGAUGAACCCGAAGGAAAAUACGAGUUAUCCUUCUAUAUAACUGCCAGAAGUGACGAGUGAUUCACGGGCGAAUUAAUGCUAACUAAUAAUUACUUAGAAGAUCAAGAGUUGUUAUAUGAGGCUGUGAGAGGAUAUCUGACAAUAUCUGAUGGAUACGACAAGGGAAGACAGCUGGUGGAGUUCCCUCCCCUUUUAUGUCAAUAUUUAUAUUUACACCUUUUUACUUCUAUUUAUUAAUUAUACACAAAACAAAGUGCAUUUUAUCUUCUUCGUAUUUACGUCUUGUUCUUAAUUUUUGUUAAUUUUCUUUUCGAAUUUUUAAAUCAAUUUUCUAUUUACACCAUUUAUCUUCAAAAUUAUUUUUACACCGAAUAAAAAAUAUAUAUAAACUA